AUGGAGAACAAGAGGACGAACGCGAAGCGCCAGACAAAGAAGGCGCAGACGUGGAAGAAGAAACGACAGGAGAGGACGCAGACGAGGUUUGAUGGACUGGAGGAAGGCAAACACUUUGACACGACAGACGGAAGGACAAAGGAGCAAGCAGGCAAGCCACGAGAAGUCGCCGACAAGCACGGCGAGAAGGCGGCCGGAGGCGGGGAGAACGAAGGCACAAAAAACGAAGACGAAGAAGAAGAAGAGAGAGACGAUGAAGAGGUAGAGACAGACGAUGAAAAGGAAGAGGGAGAGACAGACAAUGAAGAGGAAGAGACAGACGAUGAAGGGGAAGGGAACGAAGAAGAUGAAGAGGAAGAACGCGAAGAAGAUGAAGAUAGAGAUACAGACGAUGAAGAGGAAGAGUACGAGAACGAAGAGGAAGACGUUGAAGGCCACGGCACAGCGUGGUGUCGAGAGGUCGAAGUGAGACUAGGCAAAACGACGGAAGAAAACGGAACGAGAGAAGACAGACAGUCGAAAGGCGACCGAGCGGAGGAAAGCAAAGGGUUCUGGAAAUCCAGUCUAGAUCGGUUUCAGACACAACGAGAGGGUGCUCAGGAGGCGGCCGCGCCGCGCUCGAAUCAGGAGAGGAGGCAGAGGCAAAUCGAGGGUGAGGCCGCAGCGAGAACAGCUGAGGCGGAAGUUCCGAAGAAAGCAGCGAAAAUGGAGUCUCGGGCGGAUGAACCGGAAUGCGAAAAGGCGGAGGUUGCGGCUGCCCGCGAGCGGGCGAAUUUCAACCCUGAAGAAAUCGGCCAAGACCUGACGCUCACUUUCCUCCGCGUCCCCGAGAAACAGAUCAACGACGUGCUCAAGAGAAUAAAAAAGUUUCUCUUUCAUCGCCGAAACUUCAAGUCGGUUCGCGACGAGGACUUCCAGGCUCCCUGUGCCUCGGACAACGCUCUCUUGGAGGAGUCUGCGACGCUCCACGAGACCGCAGGGAAAGAGGAACCGAGCGCAGAUGCGUGCAAAGAGGAGGGAGCGGACGCUCGUGCAGGAGACUGGCCCAUCAAGGAAGGAGAAUGCGAGGAGACACCAGCAGAAGCUCCAGAGACGAAGAACCAACCCAAGCGAUGGAAACGGAUUCUUCUUUCGGAGGAAGUGCAAGAAGAUCUUUCGCAGCUUCCGAGUAGUGUCCGAGAGUGGCUGCUGGCUCAGAACGGCUUCGCUGUGGGGCGAGAGCUGGUGCAUCUUUCCUAUGCUCAUUUGACAGCGGAAGAAGCGAUGCAAAAACUCGUGCCGGCAGGCCUGGAGAUGCCUCGACGCUACGAGACGAUCGGCCACAUCGCGCACUUGAAUCUUCGAGACCAUCUUCUCCCCUACAGGUUCCUCAUUGCGCGUCUCCUUCUAGACAAACAACUUGGAUUGAAGACGGUCGUCAACAAGACGGGAAUUGCUUCGCAGUGGAGAGAGCUCCAGUUUGAGCACCUAGGCGGCGAGCCGCGAUUCAUCGCCCGUCUGAAAGAGAACGACAUGCAGUUCGAAAUCAACUACGAACGGGUUUACUGGAACUCGAGGCUGGCAGCUGAACGCGAGAAAAUCACUGCGGAAGUCCCUCGGUCUUCCAUCGUUUUGGAUUGCUUCGCCGGCGUGGGAGCUUUCUCUCUCUUUCUCGCGCAAAGACGCAACUGCCUGGUUCUCGCGAACGACUUCAAUCCGAACGCGGUCAUUUGCAUGAAGAAGAACAGAAGCCUCAAUAAGGUUUCCGAGGCGACCCUGCGCGCCUUCAAUUUGGACGCGCGCGCGUUCGUUCGCCGAGCCGCGGGGUCUCCUGAGAAACUCGCGAGACUCGUGAGACUUCGCCGCCACAUGGAAGAAAGCUGCACGCAGAAGAAACGGGCCGAGAACCAAAAGGGUGAAAACGGCAAGGCAAACCCCGAGAGCGAAGGCGAAGGCACGACCACCAAACGGAGGAAGACUGAAGCGGAGACCAGCGAGGCGGCAACCGACGCGCGCGGCGACGAAGCCGCCGACGGGGCUGAAGGCGGCUCCAGGCAGCGCAGCCCGAAACACCCGGAGGAAACGGCCGCGCAAAUCGAAUGUCACUACCUCAUGAACCUUCCUGAGCUUGCAAUCGCCUUUCUAGAUGUCUUUCCGGGUCUUCUCGCUCGCAGCGCGGCGAGCUCGGAAGGGAGCCGCGGGCCAGGUGGAGACAGUCCGGAAAAGGAAGGCGAGCAAGGAGACGCGUUCACACACAGCGACACGACUCCCCUGACUGCAGAAGAAGUCCGCGACACAGAACGCCUGCGUCACCGUGUGCACUGCUACGCCUUCUCUCGGUCUAACCCUCCAGAAAUCGAAUUGAGACCGCGCGUCGAGCAAUCUCUCGGCUUCUGGCCUGCAGACGUUCACGUUCGCGAGGUUCGUGAUGUGGCUCCCAACAAACGCAUGUUUUGCCUCACAUUCGACGUUCCUCUCAGAGUGCUUUCGGCCUCUUCGUGCUCUUGA